CCUAUAACCUUACAGUUCAUCCACUUCUUGCACUUCUCUUUCCAUGAAAAUGACUUAUUUACAAGUUCAUCCUCCAAUUUUUCAUAUUUGAUCGGCUGAUUUCUUCUAAAUUGAGAAAUUUCUGUUAAGAGUUAAUCCGUGUUUUAUAUUUUAUUUUAUUUUUAUUUUCUACAUUUUUGUGGCUUGUAUAUUUGUGUAUUUGUAUGUUGAUGAUUUGAGUUGAUUUGGCGAUUCUUUAUUACUAGUUGUAAAGGACGAGAUUCCUGAUUUCGGAUUUUAUCUGCUAAAAUGCCGGAAGAUUUUUAUGCGGAGCGCUCAUUGUUUGGAGGUGCGAUUGUUAGCACCUUCCCUCUUAGGUUUCAGGAUGUGAGCAAUGUUCGACAAGUUCCUGAUCAUCAGGAGGUAUUUGUGGAUCCUGCUCGUGAUGAAAGCUUGAUCUUUGAGCUCUUAGAUUUUAAGCGUGAUGUUGGAGAUAAUGGAAGUGCCACCUGGUUUCUUCAAGACCUUGCUACUGAACAAGAUGCUGAAGGGUGCACACUGAUUGAGCACUCAGGAGUAGUUGAGGCCCCUGGUUUGCAUUACAGGAAUAUUCCUUCUGUUGUUACCACUGCUGUCAGCCAAAUGGCAAUUUCUAAGGGACGACAAGGAAGAGAAGCACAAAAUGUUGUAAAAAUUUAUUUGGCAAAUUUACGCCUUAAGGGAGUUACUACAGAUGUGCUAAUAACUGCAUAUGAACCGGUCUUAAUAAAUCCUUUGAGUGAAAGUGCAAGCACAGUUGGUGCUGGUUUGGCAGUUCCUGCUGCACAAUCUGGAUUUUUGCCGAUGGCUGAGGUCUUUAAGCUUGCUGUCUCUACCUUCAAAGUUAAUGACUGGAACCUUUUUGAUAGCUCUGCUGUAUAAGAUGUGUUCACCACAUAGUUUUGAUGAAGAAAAAAAAAAGUUUAGAUGAGAAUUCUUGAGUAGUUUUCAUCAUUUUUUCCAAUUUCAGAGCAUUUAGUCUUUUCUUGUUUAGCUGAAUUAUUGUCCGUUUCAUGUGGCAUAAGCAGGUGUUUUGAUUGUUGCAUUCCAUCUGUAGCUAUUUUAAAUGCGUUGUAACCUGUGAUCUUGUAUCAACUGCAAAGUUAUUUACCGGACAAUGUAAUGAAUAUCAUUACUUUGCAUGAAA